AUGCGUCUUGUCUAUAAUAUAACUAGUGUUAUAUCAACAGAAACACGUGCAUUCAAUAACAAAAAUCGAGCAGGUCUCAAUCUCUUUACACCAACCGUUAACAUUUUUCGAGAUCCACAAUGGGGUCGUGGUCAAGAAACACCUGGGGAAGCUCCAUUUCUUACAUCUGAAUAUGUCUAUGCAUUAGUUCAAGGUUUACAACGUGGUGAAGAUGAACACUAUUUGAAAAUAACAGCUGAUUGUAAAGCAUAUAAUGCAUACGAUUUAGAAAAUUGGAUUGGUACUGACCGUUUUCAUUUUGACGCAAAAAUAAGCGAUCAAGAUCUAGUCAAAAAAUGUAUUCAUGAUGCUCAUGUUGCAAGUAUCAUGUGUAGUUACAAUACAAUUAAUGACAUACCGAGUUCUGCUAAUCAAUUUGAAAUUGAAAUGCUUGCACGAAAAGAGUUACUCGAUAACAAAACUAUUGUUGAGAAAGAUAUUGAUCGUGCCCUUGAACAUACAUUCAAUGUUCUAAUUCGACUCGGCUGGUUUGAUUCACCUGAACAACAAUUUUAUCGACAGUUGACAAAAGCCGAUGUCGAUACACCUGAAUCACAAAAAUUAUCAUUAGAAAGUGCUCAAGAUAGUAUUAUUCUAUUGAAGAAUGUUAAUAGAUCAUUGCCAUUACAUAUUGAUCAAUUAAUAAACAAAAAAAUUGCAUUGAUUGAACCAACGGCAAAUGCAACAGAAUCAAUGCAAGGAAGUUAUUUCGGUAAAGCUCCAUUUCUUAUUGAUCCAGUAACAGCAAUCAAAGCAAUGACAGCAGGUAAAUUGAUUGAUGUUGAAUUUGUGAACGGCUGUAAAAUAAAGGAUCCCGAUGAGAGUGGUUUUUCAGCGGCUAUUGAAUUGGCUAGGUCGGCCGAUAUUGUUAUAUUAUUUGGUGGACUAGAUCAAUCGAUUGAAGGUGAAAGUGUUGAUCGUACAUCGAUUACCGUACCUGAUAUACUACUUUCUCUCAUACACCAACUUGAAAAAGUCGUCCGUUCAUCUAUUCAUGUUGUAAUUAUAUCUGGUAGUGGUUUAGAUCUAACUUACAUUCGUGUUUCACCUUAA